AUGAGUGAUAAUUUCAAUGUCUCCCCUUUCCCUCGUUCUGCCUUCCCCUCCCCCUCGUUCUGCCCCUCCCUUCCCCCUCGUUCUGCCCCUCCCUUCCCCCUCGUUCUGCCCCUCCCUUCCCCCUCGUUCUGCCCCUCCCUUCCCCCUCGUUCUGCCCCUCCCUUCCCCCUCGUUCUGCCCCUCCCUUCCCCCUCGUUCUGCCCCUCCCUUCCCCCUCGUUCUGCCCCUCCCUUCCCCCUCGUUCUGCCCCUCCCUUCCCCCUCGUUCUGCCCCUCCCUUCCCCCUCGUUCUGCCCCUCCCUUCCCCCUCGUUCUGCCCCUCCCUUCCCCCUCGUUCUGCCCCUCCCUUCCCCCUCGUUCUGCCCCUCCCUUCCCCCUCGUUCUGCCCCUCCCUUCCCCCUCGUUCUGCCCCUCCCUUCCCCCUCGUUCUGCCCCUCCCUUCCCCCUCGUUCUGCCCCUCCCUUCCCCCUCGUUCUGCCCCUCCCUUCCCCCUCGUUCUGCCCCUCCCUUCCCCCUCGUUCUGCCCCUCCCUUCCCCCUCGUUCUGCCCCUCCCUUCCCCCUCGUUCUGCCCCUCCCUUCCCCCUCGUUCUGCCCCUCCCUUCCCCCUCGUUCUGCCCCUCCCUUCCCCCUCGUUCUGCCCCUCCCUUCCCCCUCGUUCUGCCCCUCCCUUCCCCCUCGUUCUGCCCCUCCCUUCCCCCUCGUUCUGCCCCUCCCUUCCCCCUCGUUCUGCCCCUCCCUUCCCCCUCGUUCUGCCCCUCCCUUCCCCCUCGUUCUGCCCCUCCCUUCCCCCUCGUUCUGCCCCUCCCUUCCCCCUCGUUCUGCCCCUCCCUUCCCCCUCGUUCUGCCCCUCCCUUCCCCCUCGUUCUGCCCCUCCCUUCCCCCUCGUUCUGCCCCUCCCUUCCCCCUCGUUCUGCCCCUCCCUUCCCCCUCGUUCUGCCCCUCCCUUCCCCCUCGUUCUGCCCCUCCCUUCCCCCUCGUUCUGCCACUCCCCUCCCCCUCGUUCUGCCCCUCCCCACUCUUCUCGAACUCGGCAGGGGUCUCGUGCCGGUCGUGCAUCCGCAAGUCGCGCUGCGCCAAGCCUACCUCGCAGGCUUGGACCAAGCCAGAGCCGCAGGUCUGGUGGAGGCGUUUCUGGAACCCAGCACGCGCGCAGUGGUGUGCGCCCGGGGCGGGUAUGGCUGCGCGCGCCUGCUGCCCCUGCUGGAGAGCGCGCUUAGGGGGGAGGGGCAAGGGGAGGCGGAGGCGGAGGGGGAAUGGGAGCGCGGAGAGUGGGAAGAGGGGGAAGGGGAUGCGGACACAGAAAGAGGCGCAGAGGCAGUGUUGAGAAAAGGAAGGGCGCCGAAUGAGGGUGGGGAGGAUGAGCAUGGGGAUGAGGGCAAGGGGCAGCAAGCGAGAAGGGAUGAGGGCGGGGGCAAGGUAGGCGAAUGGGCGUCGAGGGUUGAAGGGCGGACGGGGUGUGGGGGCACGGAUGGGGACAGAGAGGGGGGGGUGAUGGGGGAAGGGGAGGAUGGAGCGGAGGGGCGUGCAGAGGCACGGUUAGGCGUGGGGGGAGCGGGUGGGGGGGCAGCAAGGGAGGAUGGUGGGUGCAGAGCCGCGGGUGAUUGCAUUGCUGACGUGGCACGAUGCUCUAUUGCUGACGUGGCACAAUGCUCUAUUACUGACGUGGCACAAGGCAGCAGCAGCAGGCGCUCACGGCUUGCUACAGAGAUCCGCCGCAAGCGAUUCUUCGGCUUCAGUGAUGUCACAGCGCUGCACAGUUUCUUCCAGGCGGAGCUAGCAGAGCCAGUCAUCUCCUUCCACGCGCCCAUGCCAGCCACAUCAUUCUUCAUCGACCAAUCAGCACUCGCCAGCAGAGCAGCCCUCCGUGCCGCCCUCUUCGAACCCUCCCUCGCUCUCGCCUGCCCGCCGCUUCAGGGCCGCUGCCUCCAAAGAGGCUGCCUGGGCGGCACCUCCUCUUGCUGCCGCCCAAACCGGGUGCAAGGGCGGCUGCUGGGCGGCAAUCUGUCUGUUCUGGCGUCACUGGGCAUGGGUCCCCACCAUCAUGCCCGUGCUGCCUGCUGCACCUGCAUGGGACAUGAGACACAGAGCCAUGUGACGGCCCUGUCGGGGCUGGUUCUUGGAAGCUUCUCCAACUUCCAGGGCAUGAGUGAGGAGGCCCGAGAGAGUGUUCGACCAAUCGUGGAGGAGCAGUAUGGAGGCGACUGGGACAAAUGGUUCUGGCUGGGACAGGUGGCGCUCCCUCAUUGGCUGCCGGUGCUGGCGGGGCUUCCCAUUGGCCACACGAGUGACAACAGAGUAGCUCCUAUUGGUGCUCUCGUGGAACUUGAUGUUGAAGCGGCAACGCUCACCGUGGUGUGA